UCAACGAAUUGAUUCGUGUGACAAAAUAUUACAAAGAAUCUAUUACCUACAAAUCACUAAAAACCAAUUUAUAAAUAUAUGUAUCACUAAUAAAUUUUCUUUAUUGUAUAAAUUGCCGAAGAUACUUGAAUUUGCCCUUUCUUGAUGCAUAUCUUAAUGAAGCCGGUAAUUUCACUCAUGGUGUAAACUUUGCUGUUGCGGGAUCGACGGCUCUGGACACUUCAACCUUAGCUGCUAAUAACAUUACAUCGUGAUGCGAAUCAAGAAGCUAAUUCUUUUGAAAGAUCUAAUGUACUUUUAGAUGGUCUAAACAACUCCAUUAUAGGCUGCCCAAACAAGGAAAUAAUCAAGGAAAGGUUCAAUAGCUUAAAUUGGAAAGAAAGAAGCAUGAUUUCCAAGAACGAAGAAGUUGCGCAGUUCACUUCCGGCGACGAUACAGGCGGCCACGCGCCGAGAUGGUUCCCACGCGCCUGCCUUCCGGCACCGGACUGAGCCAAGCUACAAGAUUGUAACAGCAAACUCGCAAAGGCAUUAUUUAUCAUUGAAACCGGAGGCAACGACUUUAACUACGCGUUUUUCGGACGAAAAUCGAUGGACGAAGUGCAGCAAAUGGUGGAUGAAGUUGUUCAAGCCAUAACUAGUGCCGUGAAGGACGUGAUUAAUUUAGGUGCUACUGCAGUGGUAGUUCCUGGUAACUUUGCAAUUGGCUGCAUGCCGAUUUAUCUGAGUGCUUUUAACGCAUUGAAAGGACUCCUUCAAAAUGCUGCUUCAAAUGGAUUUGCCAAGAGUGAAGUGCAAAAAACAUGCUGUGGAAUCGGUAAUAAUGAUUACAAUUUUAACAUAACUCGAAUGUGUGGCAACAAUGGAGUUCCUGUUUGCCACGAUCCAUCUAAGCUAGUGAGUUGGGACGGAGUCCACAUGACUCAGCAUGCCUACAGAGUUAUGGCUAAGGGGUUAUUCAAGCAGAUCGAUCGUUCAAGGCAUCUCCAAUCAAGUUUAAUUUCUUUUAGUGCGAGUUAAUUAUACUACCUUGCAGCUAUAUUUUUAUGUAUUGUAGAUUCAUUUUAACUUUGAUGAUAAACAUUCUUAGAGUAUAUUGUUGAAGUAUUUCUAGUUCCUGAAUUUUUUACAUGACAGUUUUUAAGGCAACACAGAGUAAAUUUGUUUUCUUAAAAGUUUUUUCAUUAAAUUAAUGUGGUUAGCUACGGUAAACAAAUAUUCCCUGAUCAUGAAAAAAAAAAAAAAUGAGUUCCAAAAUUAGCGGGUCAUUAGAGAUUUUAAUAAUUUAACGACAUC